AUGGGAGCCUCUUCAAGGUCAAAGCCCGAGGACAGGGGGCUGAGCGGGGUCGCUGGGGCCCUGGGGCCUGGCCGGCUCCUCUUGCUCCUUGUGCCUCAGAUGCUGGCUGUCCAGGCUGCAGACCCCUGUCCAGCCCCGGCUGGCCGCAGCCAUCUGCGCGGGCAGGAGGUCACCACGGUAGCAGACCCCUCGGCGGGGUGGCCGUGCAGAGCCUUCAGGCCCGGGACGAGCCGGGUGACCGGCACUCUGUGCUUCUCUGCAGACGUGAAGGUGGUGGGCCUGGACGGCGCCGACAAGCUCACCGUUCUCCGGGGCUGCCCGGGGCUGCCCGGGGCUGCGGGGCCCAAGGGAGAGGCGGGGGCCGGUGGAGGGAGAGCGGGCCAGCUUCGGGGACAGCCAGUGGCUCUGCGCAAGGACUCCCAUGUGCUGGCACCUCCCCUGCCCAGUGGCCUUGCAUGGUUUGGGUCCCCGAAGCUGGUAUAUGGCAGGUGUGCCCCCAAAACCUCAACGAGGGAGAACGAGGUUCCCUUGGAGCCCCAGGAGCCCUUGGAAAGGCAGGACCGCCUGGGCCCAAAGGCGCCCACUGCCCCUGCUUCUCCCACCCCGCCCCUCCCAGGGCCCCGCCUGCCCAGGGCUCCCCCUCCAGGCAUCCAUUUCCCGGUUGCCUCCCCAGGACCCUGGAACUGCAAGGAGCUGCUCACCAGGGGACACUUCCUGAGCGGCUGGCACACCAUCUACAUGCCCGACUGCCAGCCCCUGACCGUGCUGUGCGACAUGGACACGGAUGGCGGGGGCUGGACCGUCUUCCAGAGAAGGAGUGACGGCUCCGUGGCCUUCUACCGGGACUGGGCCAUGUACAAGCGGGGCUUUGGCAGUCAGCUGGGGGAGUUCUGGCUGGGGAACGACCAUAUCCACGCCCUGACCGCCCAGGGAACCAGCGAGCUCCGGGCAGACCUCGUGGACUUUGAGGGCAACCACCAGUUUGCCAAGUACAGCUCGUUCAAGGUGGCAGGCGAGGCCGAGAAGUACAAGCUGGUCCUGGGAGGCUUUGUCGGGGGCGGCGCUGGGCUGCAGAGAUCAAGAUGCCUGGGUGUGGGGGACAGUGGGUGA